AUGAGCUCAAGUGACGACAGCUCUUCGAGAAAGUCUAGCGAGUGCCAUCGAUUCUUCGGCUACGGAAAACGCAUUCCGAAAGACGUGAAACGACACUGUGGUAUGUGCCGGCAGCACGGGGUGGUGGUCGAGACACGUGGUCAUAUUUGCCAGUUCAAAAACUGCGAGUGCGAUAAGUGCAAGCUUGUGCGCAAGAGACGCUCCAUUAUGUCAACUCAGAUCCGGCUACGGCGUGAGCAGGAUAAGAGAUUCCAGCGCACCACAAUCGCCUCUGAAGCUGACGUUGUGCCUUCAAAUGGGGUCUUUGAGUCGGAAAAACGUGACGACAUCAGUCUAUGCUAUUUCUGCCAAAAAUGCAAAAACCAUGGCGUUCUCAUGUGGAAAAAGGAUCACAAACGAAGCUGCGAAUAUGCCAAUUGCCGUUGUGAACAGUGUGAUCUCAUUGACACAAGGAGAGCACUGGAUCGACAUAUAAAAAACAGCAAAGACAUGAAAACAGUGAACUCAUCCGACUGUUCCUCGUCCAGCUCAUCAGAAGAGUAUAGUUCUGGGAGUGACAGUAACAGUGCCCCAUUGCCAUUCUCCGCUAUGCCAAUCUCGAUGGCAUGCAACACGGAUACGGGAUACGUACCUCCGGCUGGUUUCCCACCAACUGAUGUGCGGGCGGUUCUGCCUGAACAGAUCCUAUCCCAUGUCGAUUUGAUAUCAAGAGUACAUUCCACUGCACGAUUUAACGGUCUGCACACCCUUGUAUACACUGCAAUUCCAAAUGAAGUUAAACGCAUGGCGUAA